AUGGACUACCUGUUGAUCCUCAGCCUACUGCUGGGUCUCCUCCCAUGCGUAUCGGCUGGAAUCGCGGCUAUGAUUCCGCAGCCAGUUGGUCCCGUGCAACAGGAUAUACCAGCCCAGAUUACAUGGAGCGCUUGCCCAACUGAUAUACGGCCGUUCCGCGGAGUCAAUGCCACAUCGCAGCUUCAAUGCACCAACUUUUCAGUACCACUCGAUCACAACAAUGUGCAGCCCGAUAGUCCCAAGGUUCAGUUGGGCAUCGUCAAAUUACCUGCCACUGGGAAGCGUGUUGGCAAUCUCUUCGUGAAUCCAGGAGGGCCGGGUGGCGCCGCAUCGAGCAUGGUUCUUGGAAUGGCAACAAAAAGGAUUUACAUCAGCGACGCAGUGCGGGAGUCCUUUGAUAUCAUCGGAAUGGAUCCUCGAGGUGUUGGCUUAAGUACACCGCAGAAAUGCGACACAAACCUGGCCAAUCAGCCAAGCGAGUUCGAUGCGACAACGCCGGAAGGAUUUCAGAAAUUGUUCGAUUACAACAAGGCUCUCGGAGAAUCAUGCCGGGCUAUGACUGGGCCACUGUUCGAUCACAUGGACACAAUAUUCGUGGCGAAGGAUAUGGAAGCCGUCAGAGUUGCUGCUGGCGGCGAGCCAAUGAACUACUUCGGCGUAUCAUAUGGAACCCAGCUAGGGGCGCAAUAUGCCGCUCUAUUCCCCGACACUAUUAGAGCCAUGGCUCUCGACGGCAUGCUUCAGCACACUGGUGCCUUUGCGUCCAACAUCAUGACGCAGGCAACCUCCUUGGAUGCGACAAUCCAGGACUUCUUCAGGUUCUGUGAAGCCAACGCCACUAACUGUGGGGAGGGGGGCCAAGAUAUCAGACAGACUUGGAAUAAGAUCCUUGAAGUCGCCAACGCUGGAAACCUAAAGGCCGCAGAGUGCGACGGGACAGCCAAGACCAGGUGUCUUCCCCUCGCUACGGCCAACAACGUGAUAGGCGCCGCUCGAUCUACCCUAGAAUUCCCCUCAGAGCGCAAAACCUUUGCGGAACAGCUCAAACUCGGAGCCACUGGAAAUGGCUCUUUCUUCAGCCCGGGGCUCUUGUCAGGAGACAUUUUUACAGACAGCCGCUCGUUGUCCAUUACUAAUGUUCAAUGCCAGGAUGGUCACUUCUUCGCAGCUGAGAGUCAUAUCGAAGUGCAACGAGUUGCUGAUAUGACGAGGGCCUUCACCGUUACGCCUGGUAUGGGUGAAUUCUGGCAUCGAGUCAUUGAUUGCACUGGGUAUCCUGUGAAGAUCACCAACCCUCGAACGGCUUUGAGUGUCAAGGCGACACAGAACCCUAUUCUUCUCGUACACUCUCGCUUCGACCCCGCCACAAGUCUGGUGUAUGCCGUGGGAAUGACGGAGGAGUUCCAGAAUGCGACCUUGAUAUUGAGGGAGGGGUCCGGGCAUACUAGCUACCUCAACAAGGGCGAUGCAUCUAGAGCGGUUGACGACUACCUGAUCAACCUGAACAUCCCGCCAGCCGGGACGGUACUUCCAAAUUAG